AUGCAGUCUCGGCCAGCGCUAGCCGUGACCCAGGCGUCGGAUGGCAGCAGAGCUCGCGCAAAGUCCACGACUACUGCCGCUUGGCAUAGAGCGAACAGUUAUCUCGAAACUCUUGGUACAAGAUCUCACGCAGGCCAUGCGUCCGAGCAGGAUGUUGAGCGCGAGCCUCUCAUACCCAAAGACAACCCAGCUGCUGCUGGAGCCAACGACCUCCAUGGUGGUUCGACAGUCACCCAAACGACUCUCAACUCGAUGAACACACUCCUCGGUGUUGGGCUGCUGAGUCUUCCACUCGGCUUCCUGUAUGCCGGCUGGCUGAUUGGAUCGCUCCUCCUACUCACCUUCGCACUACUCACUUUCUACACUGCGAAGCUCCUGGCCAGGUGCAUGGACAGCGACCCGACCUGCAGAUCCUACAUCGACAUCGCGAGCAGAGCGUACGGGCCCAGAGGUCGUUUGAUCACCAUCUUCCUCUUCAACUUGAUCACCAUCACGGCAUGUGUCGCUCUGGUCAUUCUCUUCGCCGACGCGAUGUUUGCGCUGAUUCCGGACCUCACUCGCACGCAAUGGAAGCUAUAUCCUGGGCAUUGGGGCCUGCGUUUGCAUGGUUGUGCUCGUCUUGCUGGAAGGAUUUGGCUCAGAUGGACCGAUGGCUCUCUUUUGCAUCCCGCAUACACGACUCUCCUACCUCAAGACUGGUCCAAGAUGCCAUUGAGUCUCGGUCUGCUGAUGUCACCAUGGACCGCACACGCCAUACUGCCAAAUUUGUACCGAGAUAUGGCUGAGCCCGCUAAGUAUGGACGUGCAAUGGCUUGGGCAUUCGGCAGCACGUAUCUGAUUGAUGUCACGAUUGCUGCGAGCGGGUAUCUGAUGUAUGGAUCAGACACGGGCGAUGCGAUUGUCAACAAUGUCAUCCGAACGACCAAUAGCUGGGCACUCGCCGUGGCACUGACCGUACUGGUGGCGCUUAUGCCUGUGAGCAAAGUUCCUCUGCUCUCGCGCCCACUGGUUGUCAUGGCGGAAUACGCUUUCGGCCUCGUAAGCGACGAACAGCAAGAGUCGAAGAACUUGCUCGUCCAUCUCCUACGCUGUGGUGUCCGCAUCCUUUGGGUCGUCAUCCUCAUCGCUGCGGCAAUCAUGGCGCCCGAUCUGGGCAUUGUCAUGGCGUUCAUGGGCUCGGCCAUGUGCUUCACUAUCGCCAUCAUCCUGCCGUUGUUGUUCUAUCUCCGGAUCUUUGCGCCAAAGUUGUCUGCGGCGAAGAAGUCGGUGCUGGUGGUCCUUUUGGUUGCUUCCAGCAUAUCGGCGUUGGUUGGGACGGUUUGGGCUUGUGGGUUUGGUUCAGGUUGA